AUGGACUCUAAUCACACAUAUUGUCCACGAAUCAUCAGCGAAAACACCGAACUGAACAACGCGUACCUCACUUUCGAAGCUGCUCGUGGCGGCUCACUGAAGAUUCAAACAUCUCAAAGCGAGGAAAAUCGCCUGCUACUACGACCAACCGAGGGCGAUGGCGCUGCCUUGCGCGUGGAAACCGGUGAUGCAACUCUUCAACACCAUCUCGGCGUGAUGGGUCCCAGCGGCAUCGGCCCCUGGGAGCUCCAGGGGCUCUCCAGACUCAGACCUUUCGGCCUCGGUUGCACGCUGCAUUACCAGCCCUGGGUCCUUUUUGAGGAUGAGAAAGUCGGCAAGGACCUGUUGAAAUUGGAAGAUGAGAAUGUCGCCGAUGGUAAAUGGUACGCGCUCCCCGAAGAGACCGACCAGGGCCGAGUCUGGACGGUCGAAUGGGUUGUCCCUUUGGCUUGGAGGGAAGAGGUUCCGGGGCCGGAAGCUGUGGAGAUUAGUAUUCGCCUCUUGAAAGUGUGA